ACAAGUCAAAGAAUCUUCUGAAACGAAAGUGAAAUAUUUCCUUUAGACUGCUGUCAUCUCGUAAUUCGACACACCCGGUUAUUAUUCUGUUCCUGGUUGGACGUAGGCGGUUGUUGUAGUCAAGUGUUAGUCCAGCUGAUCCCCCACUUUAAACUAGUCAUCUCAUAUUGUUGGAGAAACUGCGAGUGCAACAUGACAGAAAAAGGUGAAAUUGAUGAAGGAUUCUACUCCAGACAGCUGUAUGUUCUGGGUCACGAUGCAAUGCACCGGAUGGGCACAGUCAACGUCCUCAUUGCAGGCAUGCGUGGUCUUGGGGUAGAAAUAGCCAAAAAUGUGAUCCUGUCCGGAGUGAAGUCUGUCACCGUCCAAGAUGAAUGCCAGGCAGUGUGGACCGAUCUGUCCUCCCAGUUUUUCCUGAAGGAGUCCCAUCUUGGUCAGAACCGUGCCACAUGUUCCCUACAACAGCUGUCUGCCUUAAACCCACAUGUGCGUGUGUUGGACCACACUGGACCACUGAAUGGGGACCUGAUUCUGCAAUUUCAGGUGGUGGUCCUCACUGACUCUUCACUAGAUGAUCAGAAGUGUUUUGGUGAGCUCUGCCAUUCACAUGGAAUCAAGUUUAUUGUAGCAGACACCAAAGGACUGUGUGGUCAGUUGUUCUGUGACUUUGGGGAGGAGUUUGAGGUCUUGGACCAGGAUGGAGAGAUGCCGGCAUCAGCGAUGAUACAAAGUGUCUCUAAGGCGAAUCCUGGAGUGGUGUUCUGCACAGAUGACAGGAAGCACGGAUUUCCAGAUGGCUCUAAAGUUUUCUUUGCUCAGGUCCAAGGCAUGACGGAGCUCAACAGCAUCGACCCUGUGGAGAUCAAAGUCCUUGACUCAUACUCCUUCAGCAUUGGUGACACUUCAGCCUUUUCUACGUAUGAACGGGGUGGAGUAGUGACCGUGGUGAAACAGCCCUGCAUGCUAACAUUUAAACCAAUGAGUGAGGCUUUACUGGACUAUCAGCUGCUGAAAAUGAAUGAUUAUGGAAAAGAAUUGAGGCACAAGACCCUGCACUUGGCUUUCCAAGCCCUCCAUGGCUUUGUAAAGAAAGAACAGCGACUCCCUGGUCCUCGGUCUCAGUCAGAUGCAGAUGCCCUGCUUGCCAUAGUGGGAGAGCUUAAUACAGUUGCACAGCUGGAACAACUGGAUGAAGCUGCUGUGAGAAGCCUUUCCUACACAGCCCAGGGUGACUUGGCUCCUAUGAAUGCUUUCAUUGGAGGCCUUGCAGCUCAAGAAGUUAUUAAGGCAUGUAGUAGGAAAUUUACGCCUCUUCAGCAGUGGUUAUAUUUUGAUGCACUGGAGUGCCUCCCUGAAGAUGAGGACCAACUGGCAGAGUGCUCCUUUUCAGAAAAAGGCACAAGGUACGAUGGACAGAUUGCCGUGUUUGGGUCAGCGUUCCAGGAGAAGCUUGAAAUGCAGAAGUACUUCCUGGUGAGAGCAGGUUUGAUGUUUGUCCAACGUCAUGUUUCAAGGUUGGAGCAGGUGCCAUCGGCUGUGAGCUUUAAAAACUUUGCACUCAUUGGGCUCGGUGCUGGAGAAGAAGGGCACAUCACCGUGACAGACAUGGACUUCAUAGAAAAAUCCAACUUGAACCGACAGUUCCUGUUCAGGUCUCAGGAUAUUGGGAAACCAAAAUCGGAGGUUGCAGCCAAAGCAGUGAGAGAGAUGAACCCAAGGAUGAAAAUCACCGCUCACCAGAAUCGUCUGGAUGCUGACAGUGAAGGAGUGUAUGAUUACAACUUCUUCAUAGGUCUCGACGGAGUGGCUGCAGCCCUUGAUAAUGUGGAAGCCAGGGUCUAUCUCGAUGGACGCUGCGUUCAACACCAGAAACCAUUACUGGAGGGAGGAACUUUAGGAUGUCAGGGUCAUACUCUGGCAGUGGUGCCUCACCUGACAGAUUCUUAUGGCCCGGGCACAUCAAGUUCUAAGGAAGCGAUCCCACUGUGCACUCUCAAGAACUUUCCUCACCGCAUUGAGCACACCCUUCAGUGGGCCAGAGACCAGUUCGAAGGACUGUUCAAACAAACACCUGAAAAUGUGAAUCACUUCCUGAGCGAUGUAGGGUUUGUAGAGCGGACUCUUGGCCUUGGAGAUGCUGAGGCCCUGGAGACUCUUGCGGGGGUGUGGAGCAGCCUGAAGGACAUGGGAUCUGGAGGACAACGUCCAACAAGCUGGGAAGACUGUGUGAGCUGGGCACGUUGCAAGUGGGAGACUCUCUAUAACAACGAUAUUCGCCAGCUUCUGCACUGUUUCCCUCCUGAAGAGGUGACUUCUGCUGGUCUACCCUUCUGGUCUGGAUCCAAGAGAUGCCCUCACCCACUGACCUUUGACCCCAACAAUACUACCCAUAUGGAGUAUGUGGAGGCAGCAGCUAAUCUGUACGGGUUGAUCUAUGGAAUCAAGGGGACAAGAGACAGGGCUGCUAUCAGAAGAAUCUUAGAGAAAGUCCAAGUACCGUCUUUCACUCCCAAGUCCUCUGUGAAGAUUCAUCUCACUGACGAGGAGAUGGAUAAGGAGAAAGAAAAGGAAAGGGAUGACGCGGAAAAAGCCCAACUUGAGGAGUUGAAAGGAAAGUUGGCCUCACCGUCUCUGAAAAGCUCAGCCAUGCAGAUGUACCCCACCGACUUUGAAAAGGAUGACGACAGUAACUUCCACAUGGACUACAUUGUUGCUGCUUCUAACCUGAGGGCAGAGAACUAUGACAUCCCUGCAGCCGAUCGGUACCAGAGUAAGCGCAUAGCUGGAAGGAUCAUCCCAGCCAUAGCAACCACCACAGCCGCAGUGGCAGGCCUGAUGUGCCUGGAGCUGUAUAAACUGGUGCAGGGUCACCAGAAGAUCAGCUCUUACCGCACAACUUAUAUGUACCUGGCUAGCCCUCACAUUGUGUUCUCCCAGCCGUGCCGGCCCCAGCACUUCGAAGUUGCAGGAAAGAAAUACACCCUGUGGGAUGACUUCCUCGUUGAGGGCAGACGUGGCGGUCAGCAGGAAAUGACCUUGCGAGAUCUGUUCCAGUAUAUCAAGGAUAAAUAUAGCUUGAGCGUCUGCGGCCUAUACUACGAAGCAGCUAUGUUAUACACGGGGCAAGAAGAGAGGCUCGAUCUGAGUGUUUCUGAUGUGGUGAAGAUGGUCACCAAGAAAGAUAUCCCUCCACACAAGAAGAUGCUGGAGUUGAUCUCCUCAUUUGCUGAAGAUGAGGACUGUGAGUCAGUCCCACCUAUCAGAUACGUGCUGUUGUGAUGCCACCGAUUCCAAAAAGUUUCCAGUGAAAAGGCUUCACAUGGAACAAUGUCACAAUGUGACAAAGCAAACUUUACGCUCCUGUGACAUCAUAUCAGUUAAAAACAUCCUCAUUUUGUUGCUUUAGCUGUUGCUUAUGCAGAUUCAUAUCUGAAUGUUUUUUCCCAGCAUCUGUCUAUCUAUUCCUUUCAUUUCCUUUAACAGUUUUUUUAUUUUAUUGUUAAUGACACUGAUCAUGUAGUGAAUAAGUGAAUAAUUCCACAACCACAGUGUCUAAUCUACUGCCCUAUUCCUGAGCCAUGUCCCAAAAAAUACCACAGAAUGCACAAAGAUUAAUAUCCUUUCCUCUUUUUUUUUACGCUAAGUUUACACAAAAGUGUAAAUUAAGCAAACUGUACUUUCCAUACAGAAAUACCAGAGAUGUUACCAAAAAGUUCUGUUUGCUUUUGGUUUUCAUUUAAAUGUAAAAUGUGUCUUCCGAGAGGUCAGGCUAAGAGGUUGUGAAGAUGCUUGCCAAGGCAUAUGGAUAAGAUGAUCUGGUGCUGCUGGGGCAGUACUGGCCUGGUUUCAAGGUUUAAUUCAGGUCAGACUGAGCAAGAUUUUGAAGGGGUGCAGUCAGAACAGGCAGUUGGCACAGUAGGUACAGUGCUUUGAUGCUUCGGGGUGCUCUUGCCAUCUGGACACAGCUGUCUUGUUUAAAUCCCUGCUCCGAGCACACGCGCAUCCCCCCUCCCUCCCAGAAGAAUCCCAGAACAGGUCAGAGUGAAGAAGCUGGACUCAUCUGCAAAGCUCUUGUCUGUCCUCAGAUGGCUUAUGUGCACGCCCUGCCCUUUUCCACACCCUCACGAUGUGUUUCACUUCACACCCUCACAUUAACUUAAUGUCAUUUUGUCAAUGCUCUGCUCUCCCAGUUUGCUUUUUGAAUCUUGUCGUGAAGAAUCCUCUCUGAAAUGAUCACUGAAACUACUUAUAGGGGUUAUUAAUUCACGGUGGAAUUCGGCCUGGGUUUGAAGGAUGCUGUCUGUGAUUCAAUUAUGUUUGAAUAGUGAUUCAAUAAAUGUGUCUAUGAGGAACCAUGUCAUAUCUGUGUACUUCAAUAAUAAACUUCAGUUCCCUUAA